AUUGUUUUCAGCACGCGUAUUGAUGAAGUCCCUCUCCGAGACGAACAAGGCCGCGAAAGUCUGUCCGACUAGGAUUCCACAUCACAUCCGGCUCGAACUGCUCCUCCUUUUAUAUGUACGCGCCGGAGUACGUGCGAGAUAUGCUACGCAUUCCCUGAAUUGUGCGCAGACCAGACCAGGGACCGAUAAUCCCAAUCGCGCGGCGCCGGCGAUGGAGACGGAAGGGAACUCGCUGCCUUCGCCGUCGUGCCCCGACGGGCGGACGCGCAGCGUGUGCUACUACUACGACCCCUUGAUCGCCAACGUGGACUACGGCGCGGGCCACAACAUGGUGCCCCGGCGCGUGGCCCUCACGCACGCCCUCGUCGACUCCUACGGCCUCCUCCACGGCCACGGGAUGAAGCGCCUCCGCACGAGGCCCGCCACCGAGGAAGAGCUCGCCUCCAUCCUCAACAAGGACUACCUCGAGCUCCUCCGCGACCUCACCCCACACAACUACUCGGGCAAACGCCGAGAAGGCGCGGUCAAGCGCAACAUCGUCGGGCUGACCCACCACGACCAAGAAGCCGAAGACGACGGCCAGCAGAACAGCGACGACAACCCCGUCAUCGCGGGGCUCUGGGACUACUGCCAGCGCUACGCCGGCGGGUCCCUCGCGGCCGCGCGCGCGCUGGGGAGCCGGGACUCGGACAUCGCCAUCAACUGGUCCGGCGGGAUGCACCACGCGUGCAGGGACGGGGCCUCGGGCUUCUGCUACGCCAACGACAUCGUGCUGGCCGUCCGCGAGCUCCUGCGCGUGUUCCCGCGGGUGCUGUACGUGGACAUCGACGUGCACCACGGCGACGCCGUCGAGGACCAGUUCGCGGAGGAUUCCCGCGUCAUGGCCGUAUCGUUCCACCAGCACGGCCGCAGGGCCAACGGCGGGGACGGCGAGUUCUUCCCGGGCACCGGGGCCGCGGGAGACGUGGGGAAGGGGGAAGGAGAGUACCGCACCCCGAACGUGCCGCUCAAGUACGGCAUGGACGACGCCGGGUACCGCGAGAUGUUCAGGCCCAUCGUGGGGGAGGUGAUGAGGGUGUUCCAGCCGGAGGCCCUCGUGAUGCAGUGCGGCGCCGACUCGCUGGCGGGCGACCGGCUCGGCGAGUUCAACCUCUCCGUCAGGGGCCACGCCUCCUGCGUCGCCUACCUCCGGAGCUUCAACAAGCCGCUGCUCCUCCUCGGCGGCGGCGGCUACACCAUCAACCACGUCGCCUCAUGCUGGUGCUACGAGACGGCAGUCGCCAUUGGCACCGAGAUCCCCGACGAGAUACCGCAUCACGGCUACGAGCACUACAACAAGGACCAGGACUACAAGCUCCAUUACGCCGCCACCAGGCCGGUGAAGAACGCCAGCAACACCAAGGAGCACAUGGCCAACAUAAGGAAGGAAGCUAUGGAGAACCUGGAGAAACUUAAAAGCCUGCAACUCGAGGCCGCGCCGAGCGUGCAGUUCAAGGAUCCAACCGUGGGCAGCAUCAACUUCCCAAACCUCUACGACUGUCGGAAGAGGGACAGGGAAUACUCGGAAGUGGACGAUCCCAUCAAGAGGCUGUACCGGCUGUGCGGCAAGGCUGACCUUGGCGACUUCUUCACUGAAGUGGGGAGAGAGCAUAUAAAAAGCAAUGCCGUCACUCGUCAAAGAUGAGCGAAAAGAUUGUACUCCCUCAACAAAACAAGAUGUCUCAAGUUUGUCAAAAUUUGAAUCCCUCAACAAAAGAUGUCUCAAGUGUAUAGAUGCUUUCAAAUUUAGUCAAAAUUGAGACAUCCUUUGUUGGACUGAAGAAGUACUUCUUUACCA